AUGCAUGGUUUGACUUGUUUUUUGUGUACUUUUCUUACCCCAGAACGUGAAAAUAAUUUCCCUCCAUUGCCUAAAUUCAUCCCUCUGCGUCCCUGUUUCUAUCAGAAUUUUGAGGAUGAAAUUCCUUCGCAGCACAGAACAUUGGUACGGAGGAUCUACCAUUUGUGGAUAUUUUAUUGCCUGUCCCUUGCUGUAAACCUGGUUGCUUGCCUUGCUUGGUGGAUUGCAGGAGGUUCUGGAGUGAAUUUUGGAUUAUCUUUGCUGUGGCUGGUCAUGUUCAGUCCUUGCGGAUAUGUGUGUUGGUUUCGCCCAGCAUACAAAGCUUUCAGGUCUGACAGCUCAUUCAACUUUAUGGCUUUUUUUUUCAUUUGUGGGGUGCAAUUUGUCCUGUCUGUUGUUCAGGCCAUCGGUAUCUCCGGAUGGGGUGCUUGUGGUUGGCUGGCUGCAGUGACAUUUUUUAGCCACAAUGUAGGGGCUGCCAUAGUGAUGCUCUUCCCAGCUGUGAUGUUUACUGUCAGUGCAAUUGCAACUGCUCUAGCAUUGGUUAAGGUGCACAGACUGUACAGAAGGGCUGGUUGUAGUUUGCAGAAAGCCCAAGAUGAGUGGUACUCUGGGACCUGGAAGAGUCCACCUACCCACAAUGAACAGUACUCCAAUAUUUCUGGGCCCAGUCUACCCCAGUACCCUACAGUGCCAAGUUAUCCUGCAGGAGGACAGUGGCCAUAAACUUUUGCAGCUUUUUAUAGCUUCUGAGUUUCCAUUGGAGAGUUCUAUGAAACCUACAGUGACCAAAUUGCAUUAA